CCAUCGCAUCCUGAUCCUCCAUCUCGUCCCGAUCCUCCAUCUCGCCUCCACCGCACCCAGCCGUCUCGCUUCCAUCGCAUCCUCAGAACUCCUGUCUUGCCGCUGCCAUGGAGAUCGAUCGCGACGUUUCCAGCUUCCUGAACCAGCAGGCCCAGUCAGCCUCCAGCGCCGACGUCCGGGCGGGCUUGCUUGCCUUCAACGACCUCUACGAGAAAAAGCUGUGGCAUCAGCUGACCCUGGCGCUGGCCAAGUUCCAGGAUCUGCCUGGCGCUGGCCAGUUCCUGAUCCCGCUGUGCGAGCACUUCAUCUCGGACUGGGAAAAGCACAUCAACAAGCUCAGUCUGAUCCAGUUUGCCGCCCGCGCCAGCAAGGAGCUCAAGGAUCCCAAGGCUUCGCUCGAGUUCCUGGCUGCCUAUGCCGAGAAGCUCAAGGACAACGAUCAAGCCAAAGAUGCCUUUGUGCUCGCCACGAUGGAGGCCGCCCACUACAAGCUCAUCACGGACAAUCUGGACGGCUGCCGCGCCGCCAUCGAUCAGUGCGAGAAGAUCCUCGAGCAGCUGACCGCAACUGACCCAACCAUCAAUGCGUCGUUCUAUCGCGUUUCGGCUCACUACUACAAAGUCACGGCUGCGUAUCCCCAGUACUAUCACAGCGCCCUCCUGUACCUGUCCUCGGUCUCGCUCGACGACCUGAGUGUCCAGGAGAAGGUCGAGCGCGCCCAUGACCUGGCUCUGAGUGCCAUCUUUGGCGCUGGACUCUAUAACUUUGGCGAGCUGCUGAUGCACCCCAUCCUGGACUCGCUGAAAGGCACCACCUUCGAGUGGCUACGAAAUCUGCUGUUCUGCUACAACACCGGUGACAUUGACGGCUUCAACCGCAUCACGAGCAGCGCCGAGUUUUUGAAGCAGACCCUCCUCUCCAACUCCCUGGCCUUCCUGCGCCAGAAGCUGUGCCUCAUGACCCUCGUCGAGAUGGUCUUCCGGAAAUCGAAAGAGGAGCGCAGCCGCCUCACCUUCCAGCAGAUCUCGACGGAGACACGCGUGACCAUGGACGAAGUCGAGCAUCUGGUCAUGCGUGCGCUCAGUCUGGGGCUCCUGAAGGGCAAGAUUGACGAGAUCGAUCGCGUCGUCGAGGUGUCGUGGGUGCAGCCUCGCGUCUUGGACAUGAACCAGAUCAAGACGAUCAAGGCCCGUAUCGAGGAAUGGGCAGCCAAGGUCUCGGACCGCGUCGUGUCGCUCGAGAACGAGGAUGGAGUCGUCGAGGUGUUUGCCAACUGAGCAGCAGACUCAUCAUCAAGUGCACCCAAUGUGGAUCUAUAUGCUCGGCCAUUGUCGGGAUCGUAGAUGCCUUUGCUUCUCCCUCUUGGCAUAUACACUCGUCUCGGCCAACGAUCGCUCGAGAGUCCACAUCCAUCCAAAGUGUCAGUGUUGCGUCA